AUGCCGGGCUUCGUUGACUCCUUUUGGUCCGCCGAUUAUGCUGCAGGACUCGGCGUUUUGUUCGACAAACUGCAGCAGGGAACCACCGAGAACCGUCAGAUUCUGACCAUAGCCCGCAUGCGCGCCGAGGCCGAGGAGGUCUACGGUAACCAGCUUGCCAACAUUGUCCCCGCGACCGACAAAAUUUCCGGUGGCUUCGCUCGCGAUGAGGGCGCCACUAUCCGCAAGGCCUUUGACGGCAUGAAAUCAGAAAUGCAGGACGCUUCCGCCAGCCACCGCCGAAUCGCCCAGAGUAUUCGCGACCUUGUUGUUAACCCCUUUUCCCGCUGGUGCGACGCCCACGAAAGCCGCCUACAAGAAUCUCAGGAUGACCUACAGGCGCGUAUCAAGGCCCACGAUCGACAGGCUGAAGCCGUCAAGAAGCUGCGCUCCGUCUACUUCAACAAAUGUCGUCUGCUCGAGGACCUCGAGGAGGAAAACAAGUUGGGCUUCCGUGACCCCGAGUCCUCCCCCAAGGGCAACCAGGCGAUCCCCGAGAUCAAGGUCCAGGAAGAUGAGCACAAAGAAGCUGACGAUCAGUUUUGGGAAAUCGGCGACGAGACAUACCAGGAGGAACAGCUUAAGAAGAUACUCUCGCAAAUGCUCUCUACCAUCCCCAUGGGAGAGCACAAGGUGGCCAUCCUGGGUACGUAUCAGAAUGUCUCGAGUGGCUCCGAUAUCGUCGAGUACAUUCAGCGCUACAUGGGCAGCACCACGGUCAGCUAUGCUGAGCGCAUCGGCCAGGACCUUGUCUCCCAUGGCUUCCUUCGACUCGUUGGCAACGUGGGCAGUGUCUUUGCCAACAGUUCCAAGAUGAACUAUCAGUGGCGCCCCAAGGCUUUCCAGCUGGCUGGAAUCCCCGAGAAGAAGGCUCCGCCCAGCCGCACAUUCUCCAUGCCAUCGACAGGCUCCGAAUCUGGCGAGUCGCCCGUCUUUGGCACCGUCAGCGAUUACCUUGCCAACUGGAACGUCAUCAACAGCAGGGCGCACCCCGACGAGACGCCCGGUCAGAGGCUCCAGCGCGAGGCAAAGGAGGCUGACGACAAGUACAAGGCGGGCGUCAGGAGGCUGGACGAGCUGCGCUGCUCGCUCGAGGAGGCCAUCUUCCUGCACCUCAAGUUCCUCGAGCGCUGCGAGCUGGACAGGCUCAAGGCCAUCAAGACGGUCAUCCUCGAUUUUUCUGGUACCAUCGGCAACGCCAUACCCAGCAUGCAGUCCACCGUUGAUAAGAUGGUGCUGUUCCAGGAGACGAUCCAGCCCCAGGGCGACCUGCGCUACCUGUUGGAAAACUACCGCACCGGUAGCUUUGUGCCCAAGGUUGUUGUGUACGAAAACUACUACAACAAGGCGGAUGAACAGACGUUUGGUGUCGAUUUGGAGGCUCGCGCUAGGGCUGAUAAGAAACGAGUCCCCAUCAUCGUGACAACCAUCCUAACUUAUCUUGACCAUCACUACCCCGAUCUAGAGGGUGAUGAGGCCAGACGCAACGUGUGGCUUGUUGAGGUCCCCCUCGCUCAGACGCACAAGCUGCGCGCCAGGGUCAAUGACGGCAAGCCAUUCUCGCCUGAUAUACUCGCCGAGUUUGAUGUGCCGACUGUUGCUAGCCUACUGAAGCUGUACCUCCUCGAGCUUCCGGACUCCCUCGUUUCCUCCCACGUAUACGAGAUCGUCAGGACUAUCUACAACAACCCUACCGCCGACGGCACCGAAACCUCGCGGGUAGCCGUGCUUCAGCAGACGCUUUCCCAGCUGCGUCUCACCAACAUCGCGACGCUGGAUGCCUGCAUGAACCACUUUACCCGCCUGAUCGACCUCACUUCGGCCGACGACGCCUAUGUCGCCUCGCUGGCGACGGGCCUAGCCCCCUGUGUCCUCCGGCCGCGGACAGAGACGUCCCUCACACUUGAGGAGAAGCACGCGUACAAGCUUGUGCGGGACCUCCUGGCGAAUAAGGACGCCAUUUUCAGCGAGCUGAAGCGCAUGUCAACGCUGGGCCACUCAAGCUCUGUGACGACGCGGUCGCGCGCCAUCAGCACAGAUGAGAGCAACCGCAAGAUGCUGAUGGAGGAGCGCAACCGCGCUCUUCUCGAGAAGGCCACGGCCAGUCGCAGCCGCGCCACAAGCCCUGCACCCAGCCCUCGCGGGCACCGUCGCGACCGCAGCAGCGGUGGGCCGGAGACGCGGUUCCCGAUCCAGACGGGACCCGCGUCGCCCAGCGAGCGCGUGCGCAUGAGCCUGGGCAGCAUUGGCGCGGUGACGAGCGGCACGCCGACAUCCUCAGCCGCCAAGCGGUCCAGCCUUGACGUGCCGGACAACGACUCGAUCGGCACGCCCACGGAGCCCGUAAACCGCACCGGGUCGGACAGGGACAGCAUCCGCAGCUCGGCGCGCGACAGCAUCCGCAGCUCCAAAAGGGAGAGCCUCGUGCACCGCGAUAGCGUAACGCGGUCUUCUGCCAAGUUUGUCGGCGGCCAGCGCGUGCCUUCCUCGCCACCUUCCUCGUUGGAGUCGCCGCGGGGUGUGACGCUCGAGGAUAAGUCGAUGGAGGAUUAG